AUGAUAAUGGGAGCCAUCGAGGUUUGCAGCUACUCGGUUCGAGCUAUCAAAGAGUACAGUAGACAGGCCACCAACGCGCCCAAAGUCCCGCACGAUCCGCCGAACAGAACACCUUUGGUAUUUACCGAGGCCGACACAAUCGGAUUGCAUAAACCGCAUAAUGAUGCCCUCGUCGUCGAACUACUUCUCGACGAUGUCGAAGUUAGCCACAUUCUGGUCGACACAGGCAGUUCGGUCAACAUUAUCUUCAAGGAAGAACUUGACCAGCUCGAUUUAUCAUCAGAUAGGAUUGAGCCCUUUAUCGAGCCACUUACAGGUUUCGAUGGAGAACACUGUAUGACGGUCUGCAUGGUCAACAUUCCGAUCUACCUCGACGGAGUCGCAAAGAUUAUCCAGUUGCUCAUCCUCGACAAACCGGCGAUCUACAACUCCAUUCUCGGUACGACUUGGUUACACGCAAUGAAGGCGGUCGCCUCAACAUACCAUCAAUGCCUGAAGUUUCCGACUCCCGACUGUGUCUACACUCUCCGAGGAAACCAAACCAUCGCUCGAUUGUGUUACAUAAACGAAUGCAAACUUCAUUCAGCCAAUCAAGCUUGUGUCAUUAGUUUGUUAGGACCGACGAACGAACUCGUCGUCCAACAGACAAAACCUAAGCAGGAAUCGAUCGUUCAAGUUUGCAUCGACGAGCUAAGGUCAGAGCGUCAAGUCGGAAUCAGCGCCGAACUCGACCAAAGCAUCCGCGAGCCACUCAUUCACUUUCUAAAACAGCAUUCGUCCACCUUCGCAUGGUGGGUCGAAGAUAUGCCCGAGAUUGAUCCACAAAUCGCGUGUCACGAGCUUAAUAUCGAUCCAACAUACAAACCAAUCAAGUAG